AUGAGACUCCUUGUUCUGAUUGCCAUUGUCACCGUGUCGGCGGUCUACGCGGAUUCGGCGAGGUAAGUGCAGUGAAACCUUUCCUUCCGUACAACCGAGCCUCUCUAAAACGAACAAAUUUUGCGAAUGCGAAGGUUGAUUUUAAGUCAAGCCGAACUCACACUUCUCCUUCAAAGAAUUAGUCUCUAUUUCCUUGGGGUUUGUUGUGCGAAACUCUGGAUAUACCGUUAAAAAAAUCACGACAAUUCAAAUUCUUGAACACAACCUUUAUAAACUGCUGUUUAGGAAGGAGUGUCUGGCGGGAAUCCAAGCCUUUCGCGAUGUAGUGGGACCUCUAAUCGGCAACGACGAUGCGCGACAUGCCGUCGUCGAACAGUUCCGCAAAGUCGUACAACUGAAGGUAUGUCGUGUCAACAUACUCAUGUUUAUUUUUUAGUGCCAAGCGGCUGGUACUUGCGAUACACAAUGCGUGAAGGAUAUCGACGCUUGCUUGGACAAGCAAUACGACAGCAAAACCCCCAUUGAUAACCCUGAGCAAUGUUGCGACAACUGCCCGGACAACUAA